AUGGUCCCAUUCCCAAAUACAUCUUUCUUUUAGCCAGGUCCUUUCAUAGUGUUAAAAUUAGGACCCAAUGUGAAGGGAUAAAAAGUAUGAGGACAGAUCCUAUGGUCAGGAAAGGGUGCUGGAUGAAGGUUAUGAGUGAAGUAUGAGCAUAAGUAGCCCAUAACCCCUGAGUGUCGAAAGGCUAACGGACACUGAUUGUCCUCCUUAAUUUUCUAUAACAUUCGAUUUGGGCCAAAAAAAGAAUUCUGAUGAACAAGAGGUCUCGCACGAACUUUUGACUGUGCCAAGAGAGAAAAAAAGAAGAAGGGAGAAGGACUUAUCUCGAGCUUAACCCUUUUUGCCUUGGGACCUCGUUUUCUUAAUAAGAAAAUCCAUUCAGGAAUCAUUCACAAGGCAUAAUGGGAGGUUAAGCUAUUUAAAGUUCCAAACAAGAUCCUGGAAAGACAUCCCCCUGUGUCGUUAAUUGUGA